AGCAAAAAAUUAAUUAAAAUAUUUUAGCAAUACAAAAAAAUUAAUUGUGGAUAAUGAUUGUGUUUUGAUGUAUUGAAGCAUAUUUUUUGCACUGGAAAAUACAGAGGCAGGGUUGUUAAUACUACCCCUUGUGGAAUUUUAUGUUUGCUGACUGUUAACACGGCAAAACGUGCUCCGCGGAAUUGGCACAAGCAUUGGACAAAAAAUUUUAAAUAAAAAAUAUUAACCAUAAAAAAAAUUAUUACAUAAAUAAAAACAAAAGCUAAUUAAAUAAAGAGAUAAUGUGCAAAAAAAUAAUUUUAACAAUUUUAUUAAUAAAUUUUCUGACAGUCUGCAAUGUAAGUGCUUUCCCGAAUAAUUUAUCGAAAGGUAAGGCGCGUGAUAUCAAUGAUGAUUUGGAAGUUAAUCCUGAUGGAGAGAAUCCAAUGCCCAUCAUUGGCAUAUUGACACAAGAAGUGAGCAACUUAAUUCUACGUAAAUAUCCGGGUCAAAAUUAUUCGAGUUACAUUGCAGCUUCUUAUGUGAAAUUUGUGGAAGGUGCCGGAGGCCGCGUUGUGCCGAUUUGGAUUGGUAAAGAACGUGAUUACUAUGAAGAUAUUAUGUCUAAAAUUAAUGGGGUCCUAUUGCCCGGAGGUGCUACAUAUUUUAAUAAUAGUGAUGGUUACUAUGAUGCUGGUCAACAUAUCUAUAACAUAGCAAUUGAAAUGAAUAAUAAUGGCACUUAUAUGCCAAUUUGGGGUACAUGUUUGGGUUAUGAACUUUUAGUAUACUUAUCAGCUAAUGGUACUGAUCCCAGAACUGGCUGCUCAUCACAAUCGCAAGCUCUGCCAUUAGAGUUUAAGGAUGGUUACCAAAAUAGCCGCCUAUUUAAGGAAGCAAGCACUGAAGUGAUAAAUAUUUUUGAAAAUUAUCCCGUAACUGCUAAUUUCCAUAUCUAUUGCUUUACGCAGAAGACUUUUGCUGACAUGAACCUGUUGGAUGAUUGGAAUAUUUUGAGUAUAAAUCAUGAUUGGAAUGGAAGUGAAUUCAUCUCAACUGUGGAGCACAAAAAAUAUCCUUUUUAUGGUGUACAGUUUCAUCCGGAGAAAAAUCUUUACGAGUUUGUGCUGAAUCGCAACAUUACACACAUCUCAAAGGCCAUCACAACCUCGCAAUAUUUUGCUGAUUUCUUUGUGAUGGAGACGCGCAAAAAUCACAACAGCUUCGCCAAUAAAACCGAAGAAGCUAAUGUACUCAUCUACAAUUACAGUCCGGAGUAUACGGGAAUGGUGGGCUCUGCAUUUAUCCAGCAGUAUUUGUUCGCUGAGAGAAACGCUGCAGGAUUUGGAUUGCAUUUAUCCUUCAGUUUAAUUUUACUAAAUGUUCUUCUGUUCGUGAGAAUGGCAUCCACUUCAUCGAACGACCUGCACAUCGGAGUGCUCUGCAUCGAUGCAGCGCAUAUCUUAAUAGACGCGUUCGGCGAUAAAGUGAAAAGUUACAUUCCCGCGUCGUAUGUACAGUAUUUGGAAGCCGCUGGUGCAAAAGUAGUGCCGAUUUGGAUAAACAAGGAACAAUCAUACUACAUUGAUAUUAUGUGUAAAAUAAAUGGAAUACUCUUACCUGGAGGUGCUGUACUUUUUGAGAAACAUGAAAAAUAUAAAAACGAUUGCAUUGAGAGUGCAAAAUUAAUUUUUGAGAUAGCACGGAAACAAAUGGAUCUUCCAAUAUUUUGUAUUUGCUUAGGAUUUCAAUUAAUGUUCCUACACUCAACCACUGGUGAUGACACUAAUACAAGACAGAAUUGUGCUAAAGUAAAUGGUUCCAUGAAUAUUAUUUUUGAAGAAGAUUUUCGUAACUCUAAAUUAUUUUCCAAAUUGAGUCAGGAACUGGAGAGCCAAGUACAAAAAGAACGAUGUGCACAUCAUCAUCACCAGUUCUGUGUCACUAAAGAGAUUUUAAAAACAUAUAAUAUAGAUGAUCAAUGGAAAGUUUUAGCAACUCAACGAAAUAUAGAUGAAACUGACUUUAUAACAAUUGCUGAGCAUAAACAUUUUCCCUUUUUUGGCUGUCAAUUUCAUCCAGAACGUGCAGUUUUCGAAGAUGUUUUCAAAGAUGAUUCUAUGCAUUCCGAAACAUCUAUAAAAUUUGCUGAAUAUUUAAUAAAUUUUUUUAUAACAGAGUGCGGAAAGAAUAGUAAUCGUUUUUUAAGUUCAAAAGAAAAGGAAUUAUGCUGUAUUCAAAACUUCAAAGUGACUGACACAAAAGAUUUGGGAGGACGCUGGAAGGAGUGUUAUAUAUUUGAAGAAAAUAUAAAUUACUCAAAUUCGUGAUAAUUUUAUU